CGCAUUUCGCUCGGGUCGUGCCGUCGCCGUCAUCUCCGAGAGGUGGGUAACGAUGAGGGUUCAGCGCUAGGCUUUUGCCGAUCCAGCUAUAGAAGAAAUGGUCUCCAACUACUGUCAUAUUUCAUCGAUCAAUUUGGUUUCUUGAACCCUGAUGCGCUGGUACUGCAUCUUGCUGGUAUAACUAGCGGGAAAUCGCGAUGGCCUUCGGCGGCGCUUUGAGGAACAUCCUCCGCCCCGUGUCGGCUCGAUGUCUUCUUUCGCUUUCGCUUCCGUUGUCGAGGAAAGUCUCUUCUUCAUCAUCGCCGAUUGCUUCCACUAGCAGAAUCCACCAGAGUAUCUUCUUCGACACCGUCGGCGGAUCGAGCUUCAAAAGGGAGCUCUUUUCGACUUCUACCGCCGGUGCUACAGCUUUUAACAGUUUGACUGAUACUAGGUUUCCGAAGAGGAGGCCCGGGACGAAGCCUCGGAAGAAAAGGGCGAGCCUUAGACCUCGAGGCCCUUUUGCUUGGGUGCAGUAUGUGCCUGGAGAACCAAUUCCUGUAAGUCGACCAAAUGAAGGAAGUGUUCAGGGAAGGAACAGAAAGAAGCGCAUCAGGCAGAGGAAGGCAUUUAUCUUGGCCGAAAAGAAGAAGCGCAAAGCUCAACAGGCAGAGGCCAGGAAAAAGAGGGACAUGAAGAGGAUUGAAAGAAAAAUGGCUGCAGUAGCUAGGGAGAAAGCUUGGGCUGAAAGGCUGAUUGAGUUGCAGCAACUCGAGGAGAAGAAGAAAGCUGCUGCAAUGGCUUAAUAAAGAAUCUGUAGAAUGACAUGCUGCUAACUGUGGCUGCAGAUUCAUCAAAGCUCGUGACUAAGAGGAAUCAUCUGUUUUCAUUUUGAUAAUUCCAACUGGAGUUUUGCAGCGUCAGUGAUGGGUACUUCGUUUAUCUACUGUUCAGAUUGAUCAUGCAAACUGAUACUUUUGGAGAAUAAUAGUGAAAGAAGAAGCCUCAGUUUUCCUUUCAGUACUAAUAUGCCAGUGUUUGUCUAAUGGAUAUUUCAGCACAAAAUCUCCUGUUUAUUUAUUUUUUACUACAUGAAUCACGUUAUAUUUUGGACCA